UCUUGAAGAGAACGAGUUACGAGAGAGUGAAACCCGAAACUGUUGACGCUUGCCGGACACGCAAAUCCCAUUUCCAGCCCAGGUGUUCCGUCAAUCUGGACUCUGGACCUUCGUUUCUUCUUCGAUCCUUCCAAAAAGACAUCGCAGGACGCGUGUUUGUGUGUGAUAGGUGAUGGGGCUGGGUGCUAACGUUCGCAGGGAGGUGGUGAUGGUGGUGGUGGUGGUGGUGACGCUAUGGUUAUGGACUGAUAUUCAGGGAGGCGAGGCUAUAUGGUUGACUGUUCCCCCGACUGGUACGAAGUGCGUGUCCGAGGAAAUCCAAAACAACGUCGUCGUUUUAGCAGAUUAUGUGGUGGUUUCCGACGAUGCUGCUCACAUCCCCACCAUCUCUGUCAAGGUGACAUCACCUUAUGGGAACAAUCUUCAUCAUGUGGAGAAUGUAACCCAUGGUCAAUUUGCAUUCACAACUCAUGAGGCUGGUAAUUACUUGGCAUGCUUAUGGGUAGAUGGCCAUAAUAAAGGAGGAGGAGAUGUCAGUGUUAAUCUUGACUGGAAAACUGGAAUUGCAGCAAUGGAUUGGGAAUCUGUUGCCAGAAAAGAGAAGAUUGAGGGUAUUGAGCUUGAACUCAGGAAGCUCGAGGGUGCUGUGGAGGCCAUCCAUGAGAAUUUAAUUUAUCUCAAAAGCAGAGAAGCAGACAUGAGGACUGUGAGUGAAACAACAAAUGGCAGAGUGGCUUGGUUUAGUUUCAUGUCUUUGGGUGUCUGCAUUGGGGUUUCUGCUCUGCAGGUGCUUUAUUACUUGAAGCAAUUCUUUCAGAAGAAGAAGCUUAUCUAGAAAAUCACGCUGAUUGGUAGAAGCUUAAAAUUUCGAAUUUCUUACCUGUUUUACUUUUCCACUUACAUAUUACAGAAGGGGGAAAUUUUGAUACCACUCAGUGUUUAAGGUCAUAAAGAGAAAAUUUCACUGCAUCUUUUGCAGCAUUUGGCUCUUAAUUAAUUGAUGAAAUGCUGGCAAGUGCCUAUA